UCACCGUUGUUAGGGGAGAUCUUUCAAAGGACCUGACGGAGAGCUUUUACCUCUCCUUUAUCUCAUUCUCUCCGCGCAAGGGGACUCUGGACUAUCUCCAGCGGCAGGAUGCCAGUCCAGUGAAGACGCGCAGCAUGGCAUCUGUUAUGGCUUUGGCGCAAAAAGAAGAAGCGGUAUCUACUCCAGCGCCGCAAUUGCUUCACCACGGAACCCAUCCACCGCAAAAUGGUGAGCACGAGCGAGAGCGCCACUACCACUGCGAAAUGGUACUGGGAUUGUGGAAUUGGAAAAGCGUGACGUACGCUCUUCGUGGCGUCAGACAAAUUUUAUGCUCUUGACGAAGACUUAUUGCAGCAGCAAAUUAUUUUUUAGUAAUUUUGUAAAAAUUUAUGCCGUUACUUAGGCCCGCUUUCUCGCUAAAUGAUGUAGUUUAGUUGAUGUAGUUUUUAUCCGGCACACGGCUUGAUAAGUACUAUAGUAAACCUGCAGCAGUUGGUUGCGAAACAAUUUCUAGCAGUUUCUACAGCAAGUUAUUUAACCGUCUGCCGGGCACUCGGUGCCUCUCAUGUCCAAGCGAUAAAAAUUCGCCUAUGGUGCAACGUACCGUCAUAAUCUGCUCUUCGGUCCCGUUGUCUUCCAGCAUGGCAUAGUCCGCCAGUCAGCCAUCGAUCCGCUCCGCCAAUGCCGAUCGAUUCAGCGGCUGUCUGAGAAUGAGACCACGUUCGAACACAUCCCACAGCUGCAGUUCAAUUUCCUCGAGCGACUGCUGCCCGCUGAAGGCGUGCAGCGCGACAUCCGCUCCCACAUUGUCAUCCGACAUGUGACAGUCCUUCAGGAUCACCCUGUCGCAUAGAAACUGCUAGAAAUUGUUUCGCAACCAACUGCUCCAGGUCUACUAGAGUACUUAUCAAGCCGUGUGCCGGAUAAAACUACAUCAACUGCUAAAUUUAGCGAGAAAGCGGGCCUAAAGUAACGGCAUAAAUUUGUACAAAAUUACUAAAAAAUAAUUUGCACCGAGCGCGAAGCGCAAGGUGCUGCAAUAAGCCUUCGUCAAGAGCAUAAAAUCUGUCUGACGCCAUGAAGAGCGUACGUCACGCUUUUCCAAUUCCACAAUCCCAGUACCAUUUCGCAGUGGUAGUGGCGCUCGCAUUCGUGCAAUAAUGUGGUUCGCAACCACCGCUAGUACAGUUGUCACCGUGUCGUUUGGAACCAAACUGAUCUGGCAUCACGCAUCAAUAAAUCAUGCAUGUGUACGGAGACAACAGACAUCACAGCAACGCGUGGAACGCCGUGGACGUUCUCGUCGACGGACUCCUGCAGCACGGCGACGUCAUCGACGUAGCCAAAGGUGGCCUGAUCAUUGAUUUCCGCCGUGCGGGGCACCGCGCACAGUUUGUUAAAUACGGGCGCAUCUUCCGCUUCAGCAACAGCCAGGAAGCGUCAGCCACCGCUGUGCAAGUUUUAUUGCACCGUUUGCCCGACGGCGCGUGGAUCUGGUACCCUGGAACGACGGUCGACAUGGGAGACUACCACAAUGAGCAUCUGGUAUGUGUGCAAGUACCGCUGUACGGCACCAUCCCGGAGCUGGUUCCCCGCGACCAGGUGCGCCCACCGCCCGCGGACGGGGAGUGGGAGAAGUUUCGCGUGUUGGAGAAGGAUUUUGUCGUGCGGUUGGGGAAGCUACCUGAUGCCUGUGGUGCUGAUGGAUCGCAGUUAGCAGGGGAGAUCUUUCAGCGGGACUUGGCACUCUGGUUUGACGUUUGGUGUAUCUCACUCUCUCAGUGCAAGCGAACACUGCAGUAUCUCCAACGGCAGGAUGCCAGUCCAGUUAAAUCGCGCCGCUUGGAACCCACGCAUUCAUUCGGCUGUCAAUCUGGAAACCGCACUGGACACCCAGCAUCCGUUCCCGCGUAUAGAACUCCUGCUUGCCAUACACAGAGAUGUCGCAAAACGAGGUGAAGGCUGAGUGGAAGACGCUCUAUCAUGCCGGUAAAGACAAUGCCCAG